GCUGAUAGCAAUCUGCUGGUAGCAUCGUCCAGCUCCUGAGCUCCGGCCGGCCGAUCAUGGCAAGGAUCCACCUCUACGUUGCCGCGGCCUGCGCCGUCGUGCUGGUGCUCGCCGCCCCGACCAUCGCCGGCGACCCUGACCAUCUCCAGGACGUCUGUGUCGCUGACCGCGCCUCCCCGAUCAAGAUCAACGGGUUCACGUGCAAGGCGAACGUGACGGCGGACGACUUCUUCUUCCCGGGUCUGAGGUACCCCGGCAACACCAAAAACCCUGCGGGGUCGAUGGUGACGGCGGCCAACGUGGAGACCUUCCCGGGCGUGAACACGCUGGGCGUCUCCCUGGCGCGCAUCGACUUCGCCCCCGGCGGCCAGAACCCGCCGCACACGCACCCGCGCGCCACCGAGAUCAUCUUCGUCCUCGAGGGCACGCUCGAGGUCGGCUUCAUCACCACCGCCAACAAGCUCUUCACCAAGACCGUCAACAAGGGGGACAUCUUCGUCUUCCCCAGGGGGCUCGUGCACUUCCAGCAGAAUAGGGGGAACUGCGCCGCCGCGGUCGUCUCCGCCUUCAACAGCCAGCUCCAGGGGACUCAGGCCAUCGCCAUGACGCUCUUCGGCGCCACGCCACCCGUGUCCACCGACGUCCUGGCCAAGGCCUUCAGGAUCGGCAACGGGAAGGUGGCCGCCAUCAAGGGCAGGUUUGGGCCCAAGUAGACUGCCUUCGGCCGUCUGCCUUAGUGGAUUUCUAAAUAAAUCGUCCAGACUGCAGGAUAUGUAUCAUGACUCAUGAGCGCUAGUGAUCUCAUCACGAGGUUUCAGUGUUUUACAGAAAA